UUUUACACAGAAAACAUAGUCACAGAGAGAGAGAGAGAGAGAGAGAAUCUCUCUAUUUCUAUUUCUAUUUCUAUCUUUAUCUCUUUCUUCAAUCUAUUCCUACCAUGGCAUGCACAUCACAAACCAUGCGCUUAAUUACACUUUUGUCCCUCCCAUGUUUCUUAAUUCACAUGUCACUGCCCCUAAGGCUCAGUCAGCAAAAACAACAACGUUUGUGAGUUGGUAUUGUCGUGCCCAUGGCUGUGUCCAACGGCGUCGAAGCUGUGUUAGAGUUUCUGAGGAAAAAUGGCUUGUCGGAAGCAGAGUCUGCUCUCAGAGAAGACAUCAUCAACAACACUGAUCUCGGAACCUUUGACUACGAGAAGUUCUUCUUCCCCAUGGUGCCGCCUCCGCCUCCGGUCAGAGUGCGAUCGUCGGAGCUCGCCGCCGGCGACUGCUCCAAAUCCAGUUCCGAUGAGUUUGUCAGCAUCGGUUCUUCUACUUCUCGUGUUUCUUCUGCAGAAUUUAUCAAUCCGUAUGGAAUUCGCUCUGCAUCUCAGACUCAGAAUGAUUCUGAUUCUUCAUCUGAUAGAUUAUCUCAGUUUGGCACGGCUCGGGAUUAUCACGAAUUUGAUAUGCAAAAUGAACCAUAUUGGUAUAACGAAAAAGAUGAAGACUAUUUCAUGACUCCAAGUUUCGAAGGGCCAGAUUUCUUUGGAUGUCAAAGCGAAGACAAGUUUGUCAUGACAGCAGAAACAGAAAAUCAACAUGACGAUUCUCUGGACCGUGAUUACAACAAUGAAAAAUUUCAAUUAGAGGGAAAUGGUGCUUACAUGGACAAGGCAUGUCUUUAUAAUCAUUCGUCCGUAGAGGAUGGAAAUGUGACUUGUUCAAAGGGUUAUUGUCAUGUUGAUAACAAAGAUCAGUUUGAAGGGGAAUUAGAGGACAAGGCUGAGAAACACGCUGUAGCCUGUAGUUGUGAACUUCCAUUUUGCAAAAGCUCUCCAGGUUCGGGAGAUUCUUGUAGUGUGGACCCUACAAACUUUGGCUACCCUAAUUUGAAGGAAAUUCAUCUGAAUGAUUUUCAUUUGAAGGUUGUUGGCGAUAUUAACUCUUUUGAUUCUACUUCAGAACUGACUGUGAAUAAAAGUUUUGACUACUACAGUAAAAAUGACAGUAUUAAGGACUACAAGGGUCCCUAUGACUUAACUAUCCAAGUUACUGAAAAUGAUCUACCAAAUGGACUUGACACCUACAAAGCACAAGAUGGUGGAGAAAUAGCUGAAGAGUGCCAAGAUCCAGGGAUUGCUGCAGAUGGAGAGGAUGCUACUGAUGAUGAGCUCUUAAAGUAUACUCAAGAGGAUGAAUAUGAAGUAUUUGAUCUGAGAAUUAUACAUAGAAAGAACAGGACUGGAUUUGAAGAAAACAAGGAACUGCCCAUUGUGCUGAAUACAAUCUUGGCUGGCAGAUAUUAUGUAACAGAAUAUCUUGGUUCAGCUGCCUUCAGUAGGGUUGUUCAGGCACAUGAUCUUCAGACAGGAAUAGAUGUUUGCCUGAAGAUUAUUAAAAAUGACAAAGACUUUUUUGAUCAAAGCUUAGAUGAAAUCAAACUUCUGAAACUUGUCAAUAAGCAUGACCCAGCAGAUGAACACCACAUUUUGCGUCUUUAUGACUAUUUCUACCAUCAGGAGCAUUUAUUCAUUGUAACUGAACUUCUGCGAGCAAAUUUAUAUGAAUUUCAGAAAUUCAACCAAGAAUCAGGAGGGGAAGCAUAUUUUACAUUGAACAGAUUGCAGUUCAUUACUCGACAGUGUUUGGAAGCAUUGCAAUACUUGCAUAGCUUGGGAAUUGUUCACUGUGACCUGAAGCCAGAAAACAUUCUAAUCAAAAGUUAUAAAAGAUGUGAGAUAAAGGUCAUUGAUCUUGGAAGCAGUUGCUUUCAAACAGACAAUCUGUGCCUAUAUGUACAAUCCCGAUCCUAUAGGGCUCCUGAAGUGAUGUUAGGCCUUCAAUACGAUGAAAGGAUUGAUAUAUGGUCUCUAGGCUGUAUAUUGGCUGAGUUAUGCUCUGGUGAAGUACUAUUUCCAAAUGAUGCAGUUGUGAUGAUUCUUGCACGCAUGAUUGGAAUGCUUGGUCCUAUUGAUCUAGAGAUGUUGGUGAAAGGGCAGGAAACACACAAGUACUUUACCAAAGAAUAUGAUAUUUACUAUGUGAAUGAGGAAACUGAUCAAUUGGAGUACAUAAUUCCAGAGGAAUCAUCAUUGGAGCAACAUCUACAGGUUACUGAUAUUAUGUUUAUAGACUUUGUCAGAUACUUGCUUAGAAUCAAUCCUAAAGGAAGGCCUACUGCAAGACAAGCCCUGAAGCAUCCAUGGCUUUCCUGUGUUUACUAGUCCAAGUAACAUCUUUCUCUGGUGGAAAAUUCCGUAAUUACUGUUGGGAGUUAUCCACAUCAGUCAUGAUCUCUUGAGCUUAUUUUCUGCAUAUAGCAAAGCUUGCAAUCACAAUUUUGGUUUGUUUAUAAGCAACAAGAAGUGAGUUCACUCUCAUGCUGUAUAUUUUUCUUUUUGCUGUUGAUUAAUAGUUUGUUCUUUGUACAGAACUUUUACCCAUUAUUUUUGCCUUCCAUGAAUUGGGAGGUUUGAGCCUUAUCAGAAUAACAUUUUCGCGCACCCUUUUGGUUCCAACUUAAAGU